AUGGCGGCUUACGCAGAGUCUGGGCCCUCACAUGAGAAACGACUGGAGGACACUGGGUUGCGAAUAAUGGCCCCCGAGUCCCGACACAUGGCUCGUCGUCUAGGGAGAGUCCAUGCUCGCAAACGCCGAGUGACGUCCCAUGCCUUUUCCGAGCAAGCAGUACGUCAAGGGCAGCCGUAUAUCAUCAGUGCAAUCCACAUCUGGUGCGCUGCUCUAGGCGACGAUGAUGAUGGGCCGUCGGAAAAGAAAGAAAGCGACUGGUCAACGCCCACGGACAUGCGUCGUCUCGCCCUGGGAGAUGAUAGUAACGGCCGCAGGGAUAUUAUCCAUUAUCUGCAGCGAGCCAAGGACCCCGAUACAGGCGAGGGUUAUUCUGUGAUGGAGCUUAUGGGGGAGUCGGCCUUGUUGCUCGGAGCUGGAUCAGAGACAGCCAACACAAGUCUCGCGUCGAUUUUCUACUUCUUGGUACACAAUCCCGAUGUGCUCGAGAAACUGAAAAAUUCCAUACGGACAUCUUUCAGCUUUGUGGAAGAGAUUUCGAGCGGCCAAGUGCUUACCUCUAAUGCUCUCGGUCCCAGAGGCUGUCUUGGCCGUAAUGUUGCGCUAUUUGAACUAUAUCUUGCUAUUGUGCGGGUCCUGUUCUUAUACGAUGUUCGCCUGGCCCCGGCAAUGGAGCAUCUGGGCGUUGGACCGUCGGGCGAGUACAAGAUCAAAGAUUAUUUUAUUAUCGGCAAAGAGGGGCCAGUAGUGCAGUUUCGACCAGUAAUUCCACUAACAAAAAUAUUAACUAUAUCACUUCCCAACAUGAAGCUUGUUAUUGUCGGUGCAACGGGCUUUGUUGGCGGCGAAGUCCUCCGUCAAGCCCUGCGAAACCCUGCUGUCACUUCUAUUGUUGCGAUUACUCGCCGAGAGAUGCCGGAACCACCGCCGCAAAAUUUCAAGCUGAACUACUUCGUAUUAGAGGACUGGACGAGCCAAUACCCGGAAUCAUUGCAGACCGUCAUACGAGGUGCUGAUGCAUGCAUCUGGAGCCUUGCAAUUACACCAUCGCAGUCAAGAAACAUGGACUUUGCGCACGUUACGACGGUGUGUUACGAUUACACUAUACACGCACUAAAGAGUAUGGCUGCGCUGGCCAACAAACCAUUUCGCUUUAUUUAUGUUUCAGGCAUUUUGAUUGAGCGAGACCAAACCAAGGAGCUGCCUUAUUUGGCAGAAUACCGUCACAUGCGAGGUCGAACGGAAAAUGCCCUUCUCGAAUUUGCCAAUCAGACUGCACCCAGUAAUAGUGUACAGGUCACCGUUACCAAACCCGGGGCUAUCGAUAGCCCGGGACCAAAGGCAACUCCAGACGCUGUCGUCAAGGCACUAUUUAACAUAUUUGGCCAUACGCCGCGCGUUCAUGUGUCGGAGCUGGCAGCGGCCGUGAUUGACCAGUGCCAGCACGGUAUCACCAAGGAUCCGCUGUGGAGUGACGAGUUGGCGGAGAUUGGAAAACGUGUGUUGAAAGAGGAGGAUUAUCUACGAUAG